GCCAAUCUUCGCCUGUUUCCCCUCCGCGGACCCUGGGCUGGUGAUGUGAGACCGGCCGUCGGAGACAGCGACUGUGGCGGCAGCGGCGACAGCAGCAGGGACCAUGGCCCAGGUUCCUUCCCAAGAGAAAUCUAAGCUUGUCAGCGAGACUCGGAGAAGGUUUGAAGCCGAGUAUUUGGCAGAUAAGUCAGAUAAAUAUGAUUCACGGGAUGUGGAAAAACUACAACAAGAUGAUACUUGGGUUGAAAGUUUUUUGUGUUGGCGACAUGAUGUGGUAGAUGAAACACUGAAGAUGAUUGAUGAAAGUUUUCAGUGGAGGAAAGAAUUUGCUGUCAAUGACCUGAAUGAAUCUACUCUUCCCAAAUGGCUAUUUGAGGUUGGUGCUGUAUAUCUACAUGGGUAUGACAAAGAAGGCAACAAAUUGUUCUGGUUCAGAGUGAAGUUUCAUACGAAAGACAAUAAAACUAUUUUGGACAAAAAGAAGCUUGUAGCCUUCUGGCUAGAACGUUAUGCCAAAAGAGAAAAUGGAAAACCCUUAACAGUGAUGUUUGAUAUGUCAGAAACUGGACUGAGUAACAUAGACAUGGAUAUUGUUCGGUUCAUCAUCAACUGCUUUAAGGUUUAUUAUCCUAAAUACCUCACAAAAAUUGUAGUCUUUGAUAUGCCAUGGAUAAUGAAUGCUGCUUUUAAAAUUGUGAAAGGCUGGCUUGGUCCAGAAGCAGUGAACAUGUUGAAGUUUACUGGUAAAAAUGAAGUGCAGGAGCACGUCAGCAUAGAAUACUUGCCCCCACACAUGGGUGGAACUGAUCCUUUCAAGUAUAGUUAUCCACCACUAGUGGAUGAUGAUUUUCAAACCCCUUUGUGUGAAAAUGGACCUAUUACUAGUGAGGAUGAAACUGAAAGUAAAGAGGAUAUAGAAACAGAUAAUAAAGAAACUGGGGAAGCAAAUUCCAGUGAAGAACAACCUGUUAUACCCAGAAAGCAGAUUAGUUCAAUAGAACAAACUUCCAAAAUAGAAGAGUCUGAUAAAGUGGAUUCAAAGAUAAAAACUUUAAAGAAAUCAUUAAGCAUGUUUAAAGGCAUCCUAUUGCAUAUCAGCCCUGCUGAAGAACUUUAUUUUGGAUCCAAAGAAAUUGGAGAGAAGAAAUGCUUAAUAAUUCUUACAAAUGUAACAAAAAACGUAGUUGCAUUUAAGGUAAGAACAACAGCUCCAGACAAAUACAGAGUUAAGCCAAGUAAUAGUUGCUGUGACCCUGGUGCAUCAUUAGAUGUAGUGGUGUCUCUUCAUGGAGGUUUCACAAUUUCCCCUCAAGAUCGUUUUCUAAUAAUGGCUGCAGAAAUGGAACAUCCUUGUGGUACAGGGGCAGCAGAUUUGGCACAAUUCUGGAAGGAUACACCCAGAAACAAAAUAAUGGAACAUAGGUUAAGAUGCCACGUUGAUAGCAGUAAACCAUCUUCUCUUACAUUAAAAGAAAAUUCUUUUAACAUUCCAUCCAAAAGCAGUGAGGACAUACAUUUACAACUCACCCGUUUACUAGACAUCAGUAGGAAACUUCAAGAUGAAGUUGAUCGUUGUCUGUGGUUUCAACAGCUGCUGUUUUAUUUAACUGUGCUCUUACUUGCUUUUGCUACUUCUUGCUUCUAUCUGCUGUAUAAUCAAGGGACAAAUACUCUGUAAAAGACAUAGCUGGCUCUCCUAAUUAAUGCGAAGAGGAAUCAGACCCAAAAUUUAUCCAAUUAGAAAAAAAGUCAUGUAAACAUAUGCUCCCUGGAGACCAAAGUACAGCGCUCUGAUAUUCUUUGACAUUUAAGAAGUGAGUGACAAAGAGGAGCCAGUCUGUCAUGGGAAGAGAAGAAUAUUAGAAUGAGAAUCUACAUUAAGAAAACAGAAGAAGUUGACUAUAGAUGACUAGUUCUCUUAUAAGUGAAAAUAAAACCAUGGGAUGUUAUUAUUCUGAACAUAAAUUAUUUUUUCCUUUUGGUUGAAGUACUUUAAAAUAUGACUUGUUUCAGUUUUAUCUUCUUGAAUAAGCUGAACUGAAAAUGCAAGCAUAUGCUUUGUUGCAGCCAAAAGCUAUAAUCUGUCUUUUUUAUGAAACCGAAUUAUUGUAGUUGAGCCAAAUGCAUUAGCUUUUCUAUAUUAUGUAUAUAAAGGAAGUGUAUAUUGAAUAAGAAAACCUACUUAUACAGAAUAAUUUAUGUAAUCAUGAUAUAAUCAUGACAACUACUAGCAGGUUAUAGUCAAUCUUCUUUUGGAAUGUAAAACUAUUUAAUGCCAAACCACCUUCAGCCUUUGUUUCCUAUCAGUAUUCCUUGAAGACGACCUGCCUUCUAUAAGUUUAGGGCUUUUUGACUAAUACUCUAAUUUAGAUAUAAUCAGUUUAAAACUAACCACUUCAUUUUUGUGGCUUUUACUUUAAUAUUUUUUCAUAAGACCUUUUCCCAGAAAAGAUUUUUUUAAAGCAACUCUUGUUCACUUUACUAUAAUACAUUUAGACAAAACCUAUUUUGGAAGGGGAAAUCUGUUGUACCCAUAUCAGUUUUUUGGAUUUGGUUUGGAUUUUUUUGGGUCUCUUACAAAGGCCUGAUUAGCCAUUUGUAGUUCUGAAAUUACACUACGACCAAAACUCUCCAUUUUCCCCAAAUAAAGGAGGCACUUGAAUAUCCCUGUAGAAGUCAUUCAUUCAGAAAGGUUUUGUGAAAGCUUUAAUGUUUCAAAAAUGUAAUGAUAUUAUUAAUUCACACACAUUCCUGGCUGAAAUCAGUUAGAAUUAAACAAAACUUAAGAAAUAUGGGGCAUCUCUGUGGGCACUUUGAUAUGACAUUGCCAAUUCUUUUUAAAAGAGAGAGAGCCUGGAUAGGAUCAUGAAGUUUUUAAUGCAUAUUUAUUUGAUUUGUUUGGUAUUCUGCCUUAGUACUUGAAUUAUUGUAUUAUUAAGAUCAGAGGUUUGAUUUGAAGUUUAUUUCAUUGGGAAGAGUUUCAACUCUCAGUCCUAAGUAUAUGGCAAAUAUACUUGUCACAUAAAGCUUGAGAUUUGAUCAAGGGCUAUUUGAAUUUGGGGUUUAGGAUGGAGUUUGUGCUUUUUUUUUACUCUGCUAUAAGAUGUCUUGUCUUCAGGGGUUGGCUCUUUAAAAAAAUUAUUUAUGAAUAUUGGUAUUAUAGAGAUUUUUCAGAUUGGUCUAGGCAUUAAAGCAUUAAAAGGACACUGCUGUGAUAUUUUGUUUUCCUUAAUUUAGUUUUUCUAUUUCAGUUUUUGAACUCCAGAUGUGAAAAUGACUGCUCUCCACCUUACUAAGUACUUUUGAUUUUUUUUAUUGAUAUAUGUUCACGAUGGGUUUUUUAUGUGUGCUAUGUUAUUGGUUUAAAUAGUUAAGUCCCAAGUGUGUGUACUUGUUCUUGCCAACUUAAGAAAUCAUCUACUUAUAUUUGAAAAUUAUUUGUCCUAACAGUGUCCCUUUAAUGUUUCGAAAUGCAAUAAUGUUGACUGUUCUUGCUUGAAAUUUGAUCAAUCGUUCAUUAUUGAAUUCAGUGGUGUAAAUGUUAAUGUUGAUGAGAUGAUUAAUUGUAAGUUAGCAGAAUUACUGAAACUGUACUAUAAAAAUCAAAUGUUUCAGCACACUUACCUUUCAUAUUUAAUCUUAUAUCUAUGUAUGUUUGAUUUCAUCUGAUCUUGUGUCUUAUAUGUACUGUCAUUGUUUUUUGGUUCUAUACAAUUUGUCUUCUAAGUGCUUUUAUAUUCAAAGUUGUCAUUAAUUGUUUAUUAACAGAUUAUUGAGAUCCAACAUUAAAAUUUUUUUAACCAGUU